AGGAAAUCAGCGGAAUCCCGGGCUGUCAACGGCAGUGUGGCAAGCGUAGAUAAACUCUUCCCCGUCCUGCAGUAUCCCCUCCCGUCGCCAACACCAGGAAGAAGGGAUGUCUCGGCUCUUCCUCCUUUUGGCCAUGUUCAUUGUGUCGUGCAGCAUCCAGGUGUCCUCUGCUGCUACCCUGGAUAAGCUGAAGGAGAGUUGGAAAUUGUACAUGGAAGAGUGUGAGCGCAACAGCAGCCGAGACCCACCGAGCACUGGCCUCGUGUGCAACAGGACUUUUGACAAUUAUGCCUGUUGGCCUGAUGGACUCCUCAACACCACUGUCAGUGUGGCAUGUCCGUGGUAUCUGCCGUGGUAUCAUAAAGUUCAGCACGGCAUGGUGUAUCAGGAAUGUGAUGCAAAUGGCCAGUGGGUGACUACAAAGAAUACUAGCGAGUGUGACUCUAAUGAUCCAAGUCAGCAGUACUACGGCCAUAUUCGGAUCAUGUACACAGUGGGCUAUUCCUUAUCACUGGUGGCUUUGGUGUUGGCACUUGGCAUCCUCAUAUUCUUCAGGAAACUGCACUGCAUGAGGAACAACAUCCACAUGAAUCUCUUUGCCUCCUUCAUCCUGCGAGCGCUGUCGAUCCUCAUCAAAGACGCUCUGCUGGUGUCCAACAUCACAUCGCAGGACCUCAGCGGAGACCAGGAGCAGGGAUUCCCCCAGGCAUCUAUGCCUCCAGUGGAGCUGCUGGUCAACAAUGGGACAACGGUUAGCUGCCGCAUUGCCGUGGUGAUGAUGCAGUACAGUAUCAUGGCCAACAGCUACUGGCUGCUGGUGGAAGGCAUCUACCUCCACAACCUCCUGGUGAUCACUGUGUUUACAGAGAGGAACUACUUCAAAAUCUACCUGUGCAUUGGCUGGGGUACCCCGUUAAUAUUCCUUGUGCCCUGGGUGAUAGCUAAAUACCUGUAUGAAAAUCAAGAGUGCUGGGAGCAAAACAUAAACAUGAAUUACUGGUGGAUCAUCCGUUCUCCGAUACUGCUGGCAGUUGUGAUCAACCUCCUCAUCUUCAUCCAUAUCAUUGAAAUUCUUGUGUCAAAACUUCAAGCGCACCAAAUGAGAUACACAGAUUACAAGUUCAGGUUGGCUAAAUCGACUCUAACCCUGAUCCCUCUGCUGGGCAUCCAUCAGGUGGUCUUUAUCUUUGUGACAGACGAAUCCACCAAGACCACCAUCGGCCUGCGCCUCACCAAGCUCUUCAUUGACCUCUUCCUCUCCUCCUUUCAGGGACUCUUGGUGGCCAUCUUGUACUGCUUUGUCAACAAAGAAGUGCAGUCGGAGAUUCUGAAGAAGUGGAAGCGCUGGAAGCUAGGGAGGAACAUCGAGGAGGAAUACCGCCACACCUACAGCAAUACCCCCAACACGAAGACAGGCAGCCUGUUGAACCACGUCUCUCGAUUGCCUCACCUCCCGGACAUCGCCAAAACCUCUGCUCCAGUCUGCAGCCCCGAGGAGAGGCACAUGCUUGUGGCUGGCUGCCACAACGGUAUGGUCCACGUUAAGGAGGUGGGCCAUUGCACCUCUCCGCUGCACGAGGGAACCAUCAGCAAUUGCACCCUGGUGGAGGACAUCAGCCUUACGGACAAGGUGCAGUGCUAUGAGGUUCAGAGAGAGAACGAGCCACCUGCGAAAGACACUGGGAAUGAGAACUUGGUGAAAAAAGCUGGAGGGCUUUGAGCUCUCACCUGUCUCUGACAUAACUGCCCUGGGUGGCUGUGAAGAGCUGGGCUGAUAGAGUCAUUCUGUCAGAGCGGUCUUUUGCUCAGAGAUCAGUGUCACUGGGAGACCGAGCAGCACUUAGCCCUCUCCACAGCUUGAGAAUGGAGAACAGUAUGGCAGACAUCCACGCUGAGGGGUCUAAUGUGCUGUGAGCUUUGUGAAUGGAUUUCCGUAGGUGUUUGUCAGACAGUGUAAGAAACUGCUGCAUGUUGAACGAUGCAAUAACAGCAUCUCAAGGCAAGCCAUGUACAAUAAUAUAACGAAAAACCCUGAAAGCUUAAACAGCAACAACGGCAACAAAACAACAACAACAACAAAAAAGACACAGGGUCCUUGCUUGAGCCUCUGCUUUAAUUUGUGCUUUGUAUCAAAUGUGUGUUUUGUGGUACUGGAGGUUAAAGACAAACUGGAUGUUGAACUGCAUACACAAAAAAAAGACCAAACAAGUGACACAAAACAAGAGCGUAGGGAACAGGGGAGAGGAGACUACCUUUUUUUCUUUGCUUUGCUCUGAUAUUUGUAAAUGGUUUUUGUCUAUACUGACUUUGAUGAAAAUGUACAGAAAAAAAGAAGAAAGACUCUGUUGACUGUACCUCAUACAGUAAAGUGACCACAGUGUUGUUCAAGCGGCCCCAUCCAGGGCCCAUGGGAAACUGGCAGCUGCUCUCACCAGGUCAUUCCUGACUUACACAUAGACCUUAAAGGAGGUCAAGAGAUGGCAUGGGAUGAAUUAUAAAUAAGCUAAAAAAUGAUCAUCGCUUGACUUACUUUGGUGUUUUACAAUAAAAAUACAUUUUUUAAUAUAGGUCUAAGCCUUGGAUAAUGCUGAGUGCUACAGUUAUCACUGUGUACAUGUGCCAGGUGUGUUUUCAAGGGGAAUAGUUGCCAUUAAAUAUGUUUUCUUUCCCCCUUUCACCAUCAAGACGUUGUCUGACUCACGCGCCUUGGUGUACUAUAUGAACUUCCACACAGUAGCCUACUCAACCCCUGAGAUGGAAGCUGAUAGGGGGAGAGAACUGUGCACUCAAAUCAAGGAUAAAAAUACACAGCAUAUAGACAUGACCUGUAAAGGCACGCAUGCAUAAAAUAUGAAUCCAACAGUGACUCAAAAUAGCAUGUCACCUCUGGCACAAGGGUGUUUUUUGUGAUGCUUAAUAUAUGUGCAUGCAAGAUUGCGCAGAUUUAGUGAACUUAAGCUGUAAGUUGUGCGUGCCGCAUGGUGCCAUCACAUCUGUGCAAGCGCCAAAAACGUCAGUUAGAUUGUGCUGAUGACUGCAUGCGCCCAGUUACUCUACAGACAGUGUUUUCAGUAUUCAGCCAUAUUCUGUGUCUGCAGCUGCUGUGGACACUGAACAAAACUCUGUGCUCUAAAGGUAGAACAAAUCCUCUCUGAUAAACAUGCUAGUGACAAAGAAAGCUAAAUUAGCAGUAGUGGUACAUUUGCUUCUGAAUACAUUGCAUUAUUAUUAUUUUUUUUUAAAAAAACAGUUAACCUUUGAGUUGCUAAACAUUUUGCCAGAACUAACUCAACUUGACUUUUGUAUGUAUGACUAUUUGCACAAUGUUAAUUUAUAAUUGCUCAAUACUGUGUGUACAUAUGUGUUCAAACAGGUGAUUUAUUAGAUUGCUGUCAAUAUAUUUCAUGAAUGUGUCCCCGUGUAUGUAUGUGUACAUGUUUGUGUGUGUGUGUGUGUGUGUGUGUGUGUGUGUGUGUCUGU